GUCGACGGCGCCGGCGUAAGUUUGGUGGUCGGCCGAACAUAUUCUUUUCUACAUAGGCCGAAUCUGGCAAAGAACGUAAUCCGGAGGGACGGGGGUCAUAAAACCGUGGAACGAACGCGAACGAAUGCGAGAAGUGCGCCAUUUUGCCUCGACGCGAGCUCGGUUCCCUGAACGUGUGGGUCCCAGGAACGGCUUCCUUUUCAAGUGAACGGAUGACUUCGGCGGAUGGUACAGCGACAGUGGUGUCGUCUGCCGUUCGACGGUCGUCUGCUCGAACCACACCGCCGGCUGGAACUGAAGCAUCGCUUCAGAGGAAGCCCACGUUUUGCAAGACUGCAACCGAAAAAGAAUAUACAAGGAGGCUCCGUAACCACGUGGUCCAAGGGACAUGCGGUGAGCGAGCGUCGGCCGGAGGUCGCAUGUGCCGCAGAUGCGCCAGGGCUUCCCUCUCCAGUGGACGCUGGCCCUGGUGCUACACGUCCUGACCGGCGCCCUCCUCCCGCAAGUCGUCUGGGCUGACGAGAAGUGCUCGAGCCUCGGCUUCGGCGGCGGCGCCUGGCUCAACCCGUGCGGCUACUGCGUGGGCGGCAACACGGGCCUGGAGCGCACGCACGGCCGCGACUGCCGGGGCGCCUGCGGCGGCACGGCGCGCAGGGACUGCAACGGGGUGUGCGCCGGCGGCGCCUACGUCGAGCCAUGCUCCGGCCAGUGCGUCUACGGCAAGCACAGCAAGGUGUACGCGGCCGACAAGGAGCUGCUGGCCCAGCACCGGGACUGUCGUGGCAUCUGCCUGGCGAGCCAGGUGUCGAGCUCGGCCCGGCCCACGUCGCCGUCGUACACCAGAGACUCGUGCGGCGUUUGCGUUCGCGGUCCGGUCGCCAAGGACGCCAGCGCCUACAAGGACUGUCUCGGAGUGUGUCGCAUACCAGGUAUGUCUCGAGAGAAGGCCACAGUCACGUGCGGCAGCUGCGUCGGUGGCAACGGAACCGUAUCCAAGGCCGACGUGUUGGACAGCUGUGGCAACUGCAAGACGGCGAAGACGCCUUGCCUCUGCGACGGGAAGGGUGAAAAAGACGAGUGUGGCGUGUGCAACGGUAAGGGCACGACGUGCUUCGUUCUCAAAGCCGUGCGACCGUCCGCCGUACCUGCUGACGUGGACGUACAGGUCACGCUAGAGGGCGCUUUCAGUGGCGAGUCACGUGACGUCCUGUGCGUGUUCCGGCGGCGCGAGGCGACCCCAACAGAAUCCGGCGAGCCGCCCCCGCCAAUCACGGCCGCUGGGCGCGGUAACGGCACCGUGUUCGUCUGUCAGCCCAGGGCAUUCCCUCAAGGAACCUACGUGGUGACGGCGCGACUUUCACGGAUCGGCAAAGAGGUCAACAGCUCAGACACGAUCCUCACAGCAUUCAACAAUGAAGUGUCCUUUGAAAAGAUGGAGCCCGCCAGUGCCCCCUACCGCCAGGAGGAGAACAAGGGCGAUUUUCUCACGCUCACCUUCUCUGGCGGAGACGUCCCGAAGUUUCCGUUGUACUGCAUCCUCGUUCCAUCAGACAGGGGGAAGAAGCGUGUCCUGGUACGGCCUCAGGGAUCGGCGCCCUCUUGGUUCACACAGUGCCGUGUGCCUUUCCCCAAGACGUCGGGAGACUUCGUGGUGUACCCUUCGCUCGACGGGCAGCACCCUCUGGUGACGGGUUUCAACCUGUCGCUGUACGCGACCAGGCCGCAGAUCAAGGCGUCAUUCAUCACCGCCGACGGUAGCAGCGCCGUGGUGUUGUUCGACCGCGCCGUCAACGUGUGCCUCGCAUCCGGUUGCGAGCGGAUACUCUCCAGCGACACGCUGAGCGCCUUGGGCCUUCUGAACGUGCACUGCCGAUGGGCGACCAAGCAGCAGCUCGUAGUGAACCUCGCCAAGCCCGCCUCUGGAGACAAAGUGAAGCUGGUCCUCAUCUCCGAGAACGUGGUGGAAGACAAGCAGGCAGUCAUCUGGAACACUGGUGACGAGCUGAAAACAGACGCCAAGCGGUCGCCGGCGUCGGAAAGCCCCGCCCUGUCGGCAGUGAUCACGGGGCCCAGCGUGGCUCCUCGAUGCGGCGCGCUGACUCUCAGCGUGCAGUACACGUGGCCCCUCGGUCCCGUGGAGGCGUUCACGUGGUCGGCCGUUCGGAACGACACCGCAGCUCUAGAGGACCACCUCAAGGCCAAACUCAAGGGCACAAACACGCCGUUCCUGGAGCUUGACGCCGAAGACCUGGAGAUGGACAUGGAGUACAGAUUCACGGUCAAGGUGACGGCCGACAGCAAGAACGUGGUCGAGCUGUUGCACGCUGUCAUCCGCAGGGACGUCAACGCCCCAAUCGUGGUCAUCUACACCGACGCCAUGAUGAAUGGACAGCAGGUGUCACCCGAAAACGAGGUCUACCUCUACGCGGAGGUCACGGUGCCUGACUGCAACAGGACCAUCGAGGACCUGGACUUCAAGUGGGUGGUCGACACUCCGCUGGUGCGCUUCAACUUUGGCAACCAAAACUCUCCAGUCUACAGGGUCAGGCCAUUCGACCUGCCCGCGGACACGAACGUGACGUUCACGCUGCGCGUCUCCAACUACUACGACGCCGAGGAGUACGGCGAGGCGUCGGUGACCCUCGUCGUCGGAUCGCCUCCGCUAACGGCUGUCAUAAAAGGUGGCCCUGUCCGGGUGGCUGGUGUAAGCCAGAAUGAUGUCGUUAUUGACGGCUCGCCGUCAAGCCCUAAUGUGAAGCCGCUUGUCUACCAGUGGAGCUGUCUAGACGAGGACCUGCAACCGUGCUACGACUACGGUCCAGCAGCGACCGGUGACCUGCUGCUCGACCCACUGGAGGCGAACCGCGGCGUGCUCCGGGUCAUGGCCGAGAGGCUGGAGCCCGGAAAGAGACUCAACUUCACCCUGGAGGUCUUCCGCGGGGACAACAGCAGCGCAGACAGCGCGGCUGCCUCCACGCUGGUCGUCACACGUGACGAACCCAUACCUCUGGUAUCCCUUGACGAGAUACUGGUUGGCGGCAAGCCGGUGUACGAAUAUGACGCCGCCACGGAGUCCUAUUUGGUGAACGCGGGUCCAAUGGUUGUCGUCCACGCGGUCUUCUUCGUCCACUCAAAGUCUAUAUCGAUCAACUGGAACGUCCCAGGUUUCCCCUGCCAGUACAGCACAGCUGGUGUUAAGAAAGGCUUGGAAGGGCACACUUACCUAACGCUGCCUGAAGGAAGCCUGGUUCCCCACGGCUCUUACACGGCCCAGCUGGAAGUGUGCGAGAAGUCCCGCUGCGGCGGCAUCAACGUGUCGGUGAGCGCCAAGCCGGGACCCUCGCUGUGCCGGCUGCAGUUCGAGGCCGAGGAACCGGUGGAACAGCUCAACGUGACGACAGCCGUGGUACGCGCAUGCGCAGUGCCGCCCGGAUCUCACCCGAUGACGUACCAGCUCUGGGCGCACGACGGUGAGGUGGUCACGGUACCGCUGACCACCGUGCAGCGCUCCCCGUUCCUCGAGUUCAUCGUGCCUUCGGCAAACUUCAGCGCCAUCUGCGUCCAGGCCUGCGACAUGUCGCAGCAAUGCGGCGUCUUCUGCAACGACUCUCUGGAAACCGUGCCUUCGGGGAGCCAGAGCGAAAGCCUCACGAUGGCCUUCAAGAGGUCCGCGAUGCAGUACCGUCAAGGGAACAAGCUGGCGAGCGUGGUGACGCUGGUGUCGGCGCUGUCGGAGGACGACACGGAGGCACCGGGCCGGGUGCUGGACCAGCUGCUGGGGGCCACCUUCCAGAGCACCAACGCCCAGAGACUGGAACCGGGCGACGUGCGGGCGCUGUACCAGGCCUCUCGCGUCAUGAUGGCCCGAGGGAACGUCGACCUGGUCUCCGGCGCCCUCGAGGCCACCUCGGUCAUCUCCGAGAUGGCCCUCAAGAAAAAGAUUCCUGUCGGUUUCGACACGCUCGAGGCCGUGUACCUGUGGACGCGAAACGUGAGCGCCCGUUACCCGGACAACGACCAAGUUCGCAGGAACGUCGAGAAUGCCCAGAGGAGAAUCGAGGAGGUGACAGCUUCCAGGCUUCCCAAGGGCCAGCAGGUCCGUUUCGUGGCUGACCAGGUGACGCACAUCCACCACCGGUUCCUCAGCCGGGACCAGGUGACCAUCCCUAGCCUCAACAGGCCCGGAGCCACAGACGUCGCUGUCAGCUUCGACAAGGCCCUAUGGGAAAGGUUCCAGAUCUGGAAGUGUGGUUCCCGGAUGUGCCAAGGUGUGGUGCUCGUGAUCACGGUGCACCAGACCAAUCCUUUCGUGGGCAGCGACGUGGGUACCCGGAUGACUCCCGUCGUUUCGGUCACCUUCCGAACACCAGACACCGGCGAGGCGGUGCGGGGCGUCUCGCUGCGUGACUCGCUGAGCCUGCAGAUGCGCCAGACGGGAAACGAGUCCCGCGUUCACGGCAUGGUGCUGCGCUGCUUCCGCUGGCACGAGCGGGACGAGGAGUGGACCCAGAGGGACAUGACGGAGCUCGGGAUCAAGCAGCGGCAGGUCACCUGCCUCGCCUCUUCCACCGGCUCCUUCACCGUCUUCGAGGUCGAGGACGGCCUGAGCACGGCGGCCAUCGCGGGAAUCGUGGUCGCCUGCCUGAUGAGCGUGUUCAUCAUCGCCGCCGUCAUGAUGUUCAUGAUGCACAAGAAGCAGCACACCGGCUCCGCCAAAGUGGCUGACCAGGGACCACGUUGAAGCAAUAAAACACAGCCAUGCCUUUCUUCUUCA